AUGCAAACGCACUGCGGGCAUUAUUUAGGGCAAAAGGGGAAGAAACUGGAUGUUUGGCGUAUCGGGUUAGGACGCAUCGUUUUUUUUUCUGAGCUGGAACCAUCUUUAACCUUCACAGAGCAAAACCUGGCAGACCGAGUUCGGUAUAUCUUGCGCUCAAAUGUAUUUGAUGUCGCCGAACUCGAACGGCUACGACGUGAGGCUGUUCCCUCGUCGGAUGAGAAUGCUACGGCUGAGGAUGCGGCGCCACAAAUGGUAGAGCAACCCGCAAACGUUGAUGCCGCCGCGAAUACCCCAGUUGUGGUUGAUUCAAACGAUGAUGGAACAGUCGCCCAGGAACUGGAAUUAGAGCAUAUGAGGAGUACAUUGGAAGAGGCGAUUGUGGAAACGCGCAGUACGCCUCUCGAAAAUUGA